GUUGUCUGCUACGUUGCAGGGCGUAAACUUUGUUCAGGCUGGCACACCUAGAUGAUUAAAACAAUUGCAAACGUUGUUGCCUAAUUCGUCACUUUGGACUGUUGGAGCAGAGAGUCAUGUAAAGGUCUUUGGAGAAUGGUCAGUUCAUCAGCCUGAUACUAGCAUUUAGAAAAAAAAUGGAUAUAAGGAACUGGAUUGGGUUGUUUUUGCUGGGCACCAUCAACAAUCUUCCGUAUGUGAUUGUGACCUCCGCUGCCAGUACGAUAGCAGAUAGUUUUGGAAAGAAAAACUUAAUUGGACUUGUGUUUGGAGCCAAUGUUGCCCUGUCCGCAGUUGUGAAAGCAAUUAAUGGUGCCUUUUUACUCAAUGUUUCCUAUGGGAUAAGAUAUGCUGUUAAUGCCUGUUUGAUGCUAAUAGGGCUUUUUGGUGUGGCAUAUGCACCAAGUUUUUGGUUUUCUCUGGUGUGCAUUGUUUUUGUUGGAGCAAGUGCUGCAUUCGGAGAAAAUGUUGCCCUGGGAUACCUGCGCUUCUUCCCCAGCAAGAUGGUAAAUGCAUGGUCGAGUGGCACGGGAAUGGCGGGCGUGCUGGGCUCUUUCAUCUACAUUACCUUCGGUUGCGUGGUUGGAGCAGGGGGAGACAACUUGGGCAAACUCAGACAUCUCACACAGUAUGCAUUUCUGUUGACAUCUCCUGCAGUGGUUGUGUACCUGUUCUCCUACUUCCUGCUGAUCCGGCGCCCUGUUGAGAGACAUGAACGGGAACCAGACCAUAUACAGCAGGACUCAGAACGGGAACCAUUUCUAGGUGGUAACCAAUCCAUACAGGGUGAGGGUCAGGAGGGGCCGCCCAGGAUCGAGGAUGUCAGCAGCAGUCUGGCCCAGCUUCUUGAUGCCAAACCUCCUCCUGAGACCUCCCUGCAGCGCAUCUGGAGGUGCUUCAAGCUUGUCUCAUGGGUGUCCAUCAAUCUUUGUGCAGUGUACCUGUUUGAGUAUGUAGCCCAAGGUUGUGCAGCUAAGGUGCGGCCCAAGAAGGAGUACAAUAUUGGUUGUCCAGAACUGUAUGCUGGGCUCUCUCUUUGCUACCAGGCUGGAGUGUUUGUGUCAAGGUCAUCGGUGCAGAUGUUUCAGAUCCGGCGUGUCCACAUUCUCUCCAUUCUCCAGUUCUUGAACAUGUUGCUCUGGCUUAUAGAUGUCCAUUACAAGUUCCUGCCUGUUGCAAUUCUGCCGGCACUGAUGGUGUACGUGGGCCUGCUGGGUGGAGCCUCAUACGUAAACAUCUUCUACCUCCUUCUCCAUGACAAAGCCUACCCUGACACUGACCGCGAACUUUGCAUCAACAUAGCAGCACUCUUCAUCACUCUAGGGAUCAUCACUGGUACUGGUGUGGAGACCCUACUGUUCAGCACAGCCCUCAAGAAUGACUAGCCCUACACUUCGGCUCACAAAGAUUAUACACAUGUUAUAACAGUUAAUUUCGUUUCAUUGUUUAGUAUAUAUAAAUAUAUAUACAUAUGAUUAUGUUGAUUUACUCCACAUUUGCUUCACUUGUUUUGUAAACUGUGAUAUAACAUUUGUGCCAAUUUCUACAUGAAUGCCGUUGUUUUGUUGUUGUUUUUAAUUAUAUUUACUUGGCAAAUAUACAUGCACCUUAAAUGAAUUAUUACAUUUUUUAAUGCUGAGAUUUUAAUUACUCUAUUGUUCAUGUCCAUUUUUAAUCUUUGUUUAUGGGAUUUGCAUGAAAAAGUUCUUUUUUUUUCUUAAAUUCAAAAAUUUAAAAUAUGAUUGAAACACCUAUUUUUAAUAGAUUUAUUAAGUUCAAUAUUUUCAAAAAGAAUUUCAUUGAAAAAUAAUUAAAAUAUGGAUUUUUAUUGAAAAAGGGAAACACAAUUUUAAGAUGUGAUUAAGAUUUAUUACCUUCAUGCAGAUAUACAAAUAGUUUGAUGUAUACAACACCCACAAAAGUCCUGAUUCUUGCAUCAAUUUUAUAUUACAGAUCCACUUGAGCCAUACAAGGUGGGAAUCAAUAUUUUCCCAACCUUGAUGGAGCUAAUUGACAAAAAUAAUGUGGUUCAUUUAGUUGUUCAACAUUUCUCAAGUGUCACUAGCAUUUGGCCUUUGCUCCAUACUGGAGAACAGAUAAUCCAUUGGGGUGGUGCUCUUAAACUGUUUUGAUCAUUAUGAUUCUUAAGAAGAGGUUCUAUUUGUUGAGGUUGUAAAUAUACAUGUUCCUACACUGAACAAAUCUUCUAAUUGAUACAUUUGAGUAUGAUGUAUCUCAUAAACGAUACAAUUAUAUCCUCUUCCUGCAUUCAGAAUGCAUUUCUUUGGAAGUAAAUGCCCAAUUGAACUUCUUGACAUUUACCAUUUGAUCAUAACUGCCAUCUAUAUUCAAUUCAAAGGGAGAUAAUUUUAAAUUGUUUUCUUAGCCUGUAUUGAGAAUGUAACACAAUUUAUUAAGUCUCCCCUAAAUAAUAGGGGAGACAUAUUGCUUUGCUCUGUCCUUCAGUCAGUCAGUCAGUCCCUACGUCACACUUUAUUUCUGCUCAAUAACUUGAGAACGCGAAGAUCCACCAGGUCAUAACCAGUAAAAUGACCCCUAUUGAUUUUGAGAUCAGAAGGUCAAAGGUCAAUGUCGCAAUUGACCUUGAGGAAAAAAAGGUUUCCCCUCAAUAACUGAAGAUCCUUUAGGUCCAGGAACUUCAUACUUGGUAUGCAGGUUGGUCAUGACCAGUACAUUACCCAUAUUGUUUUUGGGAUCAGUACUUCCAAUGUCAUGGUAGCAGUGACCUUCAGGUAAAAAACGAUAUGUUGGUGGUGACUUAAGGCUGAAAAAAUGGUUUCCGCCUGAUAAUUGGGAUUAGUAGGUGAAAGGUCACAGUGACCUUCAGGUGAAAACAUCGUACGUCACACUUCUUUCUGCUCAAUAACUAAAGAACGCUUGGACCAAUGAACUUCAUACUUGAACCCAGGAACUUUAUAUUUGGUAGGCAGGCUGGUAAUGACCAGUAGAUGACCCCGGUGUUUGCUUGUCUCCAGUCCCGAAAUUUCUAUUUCCAUCAUUAAUUAUUUUUCAAAUAGCACCAUGCAAUGGGGGAGAUUACCGCUCUUUCAAAAAAGCAAUCUCUAGUUUGGUUUUCUUUUACAUCAUUUUCAAAGUCAGGGUAUUGGAAAUCAUGCAUAUGGCUUGAUUUGAUUUUUUUGCUCAACUGAGCACGAAGUGCUCAAGGUGAGCAAUUGUGACCGGUCUAGGUUAGGCGUCUGGUGUUUGUCUUCUAUUGUCCGGCGUCAACAAUAACUUAUAAACAUCAUCUCCUCCAAAAUUGUUUUAACAAGUUUGAUGCAACUUUACAGGGAUGUUCCUUGGGUGGUGCCCUUUCGAAAUUGUUCGAAGAAAUGAAUUCCAUUUAGCACUCUGGUUCCCAUGGUAACCAGAAGCAAACACUUCAAAAAUAUCUUGAAAAAAUACAUGAGGCCUAGAGCUUAGCUGUUUGGUGUGCUGCAUUAACUUGUGUGUGUCUGCCAAGUUUGUUCAAAUUAUGCCACUUGGGUCAAAAACUGGCUGUGCCCCGAGGAUAUCAAAUUUAUUACAUACUUAUAUAGAGAAAUCUUUUCUUCUGAAAUCUUUAGACAUAGACUCUUGAUAUUUUGUGUGUGUCAAUAUAUAGUGGUCCUCUAUCAAGAUUGUUCAAAUCAUGGUCUCGGGGUAAAUACUGGCCCCAUCCCAGGGGCUACAAGUUUCCUAUAAACUUACAUAAGAAACACAUUUUGUUAAAACCUGAAAGCUAGAGGAAAUUUAUGCUGUGUAUGUUUGUUUUAAGUACUUAAUAAUAUUUGUAAUUUUAAAGUGUCUUGUUUCUUAUUUAUUUUGAAUAGCUUUUAAAUUAAAAAUGUUGAUUCAUAUGAAUUUGACUUUAAUGUAUCAUAUACAAAUACAUGUAUAGACUAUUA